UAACCCAAGAAAUAUUGUAUAAAAGAAAUGUUUUGCAGACAAUUCCUCUGAUAUUCUUAACCGCCCCCCCAAAGAAAAAAUCCUAACUCCGCCAGUGGUCACAUGUUCUUACUGUUUGGACAACACAUUACUUCCACAAGGUAUGUUCGACUUGCAUGUUACUAUAGUAUAGCAAUAUGUCCUUUCUACCUCUUUACACGUUCACGCUUUUGCAUUUUCUGCAAUCUACAUUGUUGCCAUGAGAUGUGUUAAAAGACUCUUGAAUCAUCUUUCCUCAUUGAAAUGAAUGGACAUGUCAUCAAUCCGUCCCAGAAUUAUAGUUCAUGAAACUCUGAUGUGUUAAACUCAAAAUAAAAUAAAAAUAUAUCAGCUGAAAUACUUGAAAGUGUUGUAAGUCAGUUCACGUAUAUCUCAAGGCACCAAUGUACAUUUUCAAUAUGUAAUCCACACACGCUUUGCACCCUUCAUAUGAUACCCUUCAGCUCCAGAUUGUCUCUAUAAAUGUGUUCCCGUCCACGAGACAAUAUGUCCUCACUAUAUGUCCUCAUGAAUCACUUCAUCACAUGUCCUCUUUCUGUAUUUUCCACACAAAGUGUCCUCAUGCGUGUCCUCCUCACUGCAUGUCCUCCACACUUGAGUCCAGUCUAGCCUGAGGCUAAACAUGAAAGUCAGUCUGGGAGAGGCGCUGAUGACAUAGUGGGCCAACAAGUGAUUUAAUUAAUAGUGAAACUCACUGGGCUGUCUUCGAGCUUCCAGGGCACGAAGAUGAUUGCCUCCCUGCGAUGUUAAAUAUUAAUCUCAUUAGAUCUCUGCUGGAGAAAGUGAAGGAAACCGACGUGUGCUUUUCAGACUGCGUAUGUGAAGCCACUUUUUGUGAUGUUUGUUUUUUUGGCGGGGGGGAGACGUGCGACCCCUGCGCGCACCGGGGCCAUCUGGGACUGACCUCACACUCUCCCGUGAACGUGUCACAACGUGUUUGUGGAGACCAAAUUAAAAAUGUGCAGUCUCCAAAGAGACCGUCUUUUCUAUCUCGCCUGCACAAAUAGAGUGCGACUCCUUAAGAUUUUCUGCUUUGCAAGUCAACAUCUCGAUGCAAACACAUUGUGGUUGCUCUGAGCUUUAAAUGUUACACCACAACCUAGUUUGCUCCUAGAAUAAUGAUUUCUCCACUGCAUCAGCCUUGCUGGGUGGACUCUGCAGUCGGGCUCGCUUUUGUCUAAGUGAUCAUUUCAGCACCUCGUGGAGUAACAGGUAGAAUUUUCCAAUUUGCGCAAUAUAAAAAAAAAAAAAGUCAAUUCCCAACUCGCGCGUUAUUAUUUAAAAGGCUCCCCCCCUCCCCUCACUGUCAGAUCAAUGAAGUGGGCGUCGAUUGCGCUGCGGGUCGAGGGUGAAAUGUGACUUCGGAGGAGUCUGCAGGAGCUUAGGCGGCUCUCGUGUGCAGCACCACGGACAGCGGCGCAGCCAGACGCGCCUCUUUCUCUCAACUUAGCCCGCCUUCCUUCUUUCCACCUUUUCAUUCGCUCCGCACGUUCGAGAGCGCUCCGGACGAUGUGCGCCGGAUCUGCGCUGCACGUCCAGCCCGCUGGAAGCUGAGGAAGCCCGCACAGGCUGUAAUCUCAAAAAGCACAGAGGAGGAGACUGAGCAAGUGGAUCCCACCGAUGCUUUCAAUGGCCUCAGUCAGAAUAAAAACACUGGUGCUGCUGUGAGAUCUGGUGCCGUUGUGCCUCGCUGUGUUCUUCUUCAGAGGCUGCCACAUCCAAAGCAGAUCAAACGCUGACCCCCGCCCAAAAAAAAAAAGCAGAGUCAGCACUUUGCUCUGACCAGGGAUAUGUCUCUGGGUAGCUCCCCAGUGUUGGGGGUGCGCCCUGUGCCCCGACCCCUCUGGCUGUCCCACAUGGUCCCCUUGGUCAUAUGCGUGACUCUGUUGGCCCGGGCUUCUAAGGGUUUGCCUGUGGUUGGUUACAACACAGACUCCAAAAAAGAGAUCACGCUGGAAGGAGAUCUGAUGAUCGGCGGUCUCUUCCCCGUGCACCAGAAAGGUGAGGCUGCCGAGGACUGCGGGAAGAUCAACGCUCAGCGAGGAAUCCAGCGACUGGAAGCCAUGCUGCUCGCUCUCGAUGAAAUCAACAGGGACGAGCGCAUCUUGCCCGGGAUUCAUUUAGGAGCUCAUAUAUUGGACACGUGCUCCAAGGACACGUACGCUCUGGAGCAGUCGCUGGAGUUUGUCAGGGCUUCACUCACCAAAGUGGACGACAGUGAGUACACGUGCCCCGACGGAUCCUACGCCAUCCAUGAUGAAGUCCCGUUGGCCAUCUCUGGAGUUAUAGGAGGAUCGUACAGCGACGUUUCCAUUCAGGUGGCCAACUUGCUACGCCUCUUUCAGAUCCCUCAGAUCAGUUAUGCCUCCACCAGUGCCAAACUCAGCGACAAGACUCGCUACGACUACUUCGCCCGUACCGUGCCCCCAGAUUUCUUCCAGGCUAAGGCGAUAGCCGAAAUCCUCCGUUACUUUAACUGGACGUACGUAUCGACGGUGGCGUCGGAAGGCGAUUACGGCGAGACGGGUAUCGACGCCUUUCAACAGGAGGCUCGAGCCCACCACAUCUGCAUCGCCACGUCGGCCAAGGUGAGCCGUUCCAUGAGCCGCUGGAGCUACGAGAACGUGAUCCGCUCCCUGCAGCAGAAGUCCAACGCCAAGGUGGUCAUCAUGUUUACGCGCAGCGAAGACGCCCGUGAGCUCCUGGUGGCGGCCAACCGCAUGAACGUCACCUUCACCUGGGUGGCCAGCGAUGGAUGGGGGGCACAGGAGAGUGUGGUGAGGGGCAGCGAAGCCGUUGCGGACGGCGCGUUCACCAUCGAGCUGGCCUCCUAUCAGAUCCCGCAGUUUAAUGACUACUUCACGGCUCUCCAUCCGUACAACAACACCAGGAAUCCUUGGUUCAGAGAGUUCUGGGAGAACCAAUUCCAGUGCAGUCUUCAUGAUUUAAGCUGUGGGAAGCACUCGCUGCGAGAGGCUCCAUUUCAACCCGAAUCUAAAAUUAUGUUUGUGGUGAAUGCAGUUUAUGCGAUGGCCACCGCGUUGCACAACAUGAGGCAGGCCUUGUGCCCGAACUCCACCAAGGUCUGCGAUGCUCUUAAGCCUGGCAAUGGCAGGAAGUUUUACAGGGACUAUAUCCUCAAGACCAAGUUUGAGGCACCAUUCCGUCCGCCAGAUACCGAUAAUUUUGUCCGCUUUGACUCCUUCGGAGACAGCUUCGGCCGCUACAACAUCUUCCACUAUCACAAGGUGGGCGGACGCUACAGCUAUCGCAAGGUGGGCUACUGGGCUCAGGCCCUGAUCCUCAACACUAGCCUCAUCCCCUGGGCUGGCGCCCCCACCUCGCAGUGUAGCGAUCCUUGCAGGAAGAACGAGGUGAAGAGUAUGCAGCCCGGAGACGUGUGCUGCUGGAUCUGCAUCCCGUGUCAGUCUUACCAAUACUUGCAGGAUGAGUUCACGUGCGCCGACUGCAGCUUCGGACAGUGGCCUCUGGCUAAUCUGACAGGUUGCUACGACCUACCCGAGGAGUACAUCCGCUGGGAAGAUGCCUGGGCCAUUGGGCCCGUCAGCAUUUCCUGUCUGGGCAUGAUGAGCACGCUAUUCGUUAUUGGCCUCUUCGUCAAACACAACGAGACACCCGUGGUGAAAGCCAGUGGACGUGAGCUCUCCUACAUUCUCCUGAUGGGAGUGCUGAUGUGCUAUACAAUGACUUUCAUUUACAUCGCCAAACCUUCCACGGCGGUUUGCACGCUACGCCGCCUGGGCUUGGGAACCUCCUUUGCCGUGUGCUACUCAGCCCUCCUGACCAAGACCAAUCGCAUCGCUCGGAUCUUCAACGGGGUUAAAGGCGGGGCCCAGCGGCCGCGAUUUAUCAGCCCGGCCUCACAGGUGGCCAUCUGCGGAGGUUUGAUCUCCUGCCAAUUGGUGGUGGUGAUAGUCUGGCUGCUCGUGGAAGCUCCGGGGGUGAGAAAGGAAGUGAGUCCGGAGAAGAGGGAUGUCGUCACCCUCAAGUGUAACAGCAAAGACUCCAGCAUGCUCAUGUCGCUCACCUACAACUGCAUCCUCAUCAUCCUCUGCACGGUUUACGCCUUCAAGACCCGCAAGUGCCCCGAAAACUUCAACGAAGCCAAGUUCAUUGGCUUCACCAUGUAUACAACCUGCAUCAUCUGGCUGGCGUUUCAGCCCAUUUUCUACGUCACCGCCAGUGACUACAGGGUGCAGACCACUACGAUGUGCAUCUCGGUCAGUCUGAGCGGCUCGGUUGUCCUAGGCUGCCUCUUUGCCCCUAAAGUCCACAUCAUCCUAUUCCAGCCGCAGAAGAAUGUCAGCACUCUCAGGGUGGCCACCACCCGCUUCAGCGUCACCACUGGCCCCGGCUCCAGUUUCUCUCAAGCAUCGGUGUCCAACGUUGUUCCAACGGUGUGUAAUGGGCGAGAGGUGGUGGACUCCACGACGUCUUCCUUGUGAAGAUCAUCUUCUGCCAAGCGAUGUAAACCAUUAGAUAACUACUUGUCCUCAAACAGGUGUCUCAGAUAUUAAAGAGGACCAUUGUCCUGACUUUGUUGUCCUCAAAGUGCUGUGAGUACAAUGUCCCAAUUAUUUUCUUCUGUUUUUCGAUUCAAAUAAAUUACUGAGUGAAUUAAUGCCAAUAAAGGUUACAUAGAGUAUUGCCCUCGUUUUUACUGCAACAAUGAUCGUGAAUCCGUUAAAUGUAUUAUAUACAGGAUGUUUUUCAUGUAGAUUUUGGUGAACGGUUUGUGCUUUCUUGUAAUUUAUGUAAAUAAAAUGUGUUUUUUUAAAUUAA